AUGGCAGUGUUAUCCACGCUGGCCUUCAGGCAUAACCGUCCGCACCUCGAGGACGUGCCUCGUGUUCUAGUGAUCGAGGGCGAAAUCUUCGUCGUCUUUGGAUCCUUGACGGCGGAGCAGUUCUGGACCCUACUCCCUUCGCGAAGAUACAUCCACCCUCGCUUCCGGCAAUUCAGCCUGCUCAUCGACUGGUCCAUUCCCCACGCUCCACAAGACAUCUUCGCCCCAGUCGAUCAGAUAGGAGUCGGGACUGAGGAGAGCGACCCCUUGAAGUUCGUGCUAAGCGACAGCGACGACCCGGCGCUGGAGGCUCUGGAGAGCGGGCAGUUCAGGAUCGCGACCUGCUGGCAGGAGAAGUACCUGGAUCUACAAGGCAAGCUGGAGCUCGUUUGUAUGCGCCUCCUCGACGAGUUUCCUCGCGCCGGGAUAGUAGGAGACGGGCACGACGCGAUCGAAUUCACCACCGACGACGUUGCGGCGGAUCUGGCGAGCACCAAAGAAUCGUUCACCGAGGCGAGCGAGUUCCUAUGGGUCCUCAAGGGCAACGCAAGGAACAACCUCGGACUGCUGACCUGGAUCGUGCUAAUCCAGACGUGGUGGACGCAAGCAGUCGACGAGAGCGAGCGCGCCUUCAUACUGUCCCUAGAGCUCAACAAGCGCCCUAAGCGAGGGUGCCUGAUCAACCCCCUCGCGGAUUGGAGCUAUAUCAACCUACCCCUCCUUCGCGAGCUCGACAUACCAUUCGCCUACAUCUGGACGGAGGCAGUCAAUGCUCUCCCUCGCUUUGCCAGGUGGAACCCCGCGUUCCUCGACGAGUACUACAGCGCGCGACGCGAGCUCGGACGGGAACCCAGGCCGAGAGAACUCCCCUCUAUCGCUAACGGCGAGCGUGACGUCCUCCACUACGACCAGCUCCUGCAGGAUAAGAGAAAGCGGACCAGGAGCUCCCCGAUUCCAGUUUACGACCCAGCGAAGACGUACGUCGUCCAGCUGCACGAAGGAUGGCUGGGUGUUCCCAUGAACGAUCCGGAGACUAUCCAGAGGUGCUUGCGCGGCUACGAAAGCUACGAGCAGGACGGAGGAGACGGGACGACCCGCGUAGUGAUGGAAGCUUGGUCCUUGAGAGGGAAGGAGAACUGGUCGGCGGAGUCCACCCUCGAAUCAGGGCACGUGCGUACUCAGACCGCGACGGGUGAAUGUCUAGGGGAAAGAGCGAACCUCUCUGUCUACCAACGCCGAGAGCUCUACAGGUUGCGCUGCGCUCCUUGGGGAGGCGCUUCCUUCGACCCCGUCUCGGGCGAAUCCUUCGAGAUCGCGGAUCUUAACGAGCAAGCGGCGUUACUCCAGUUGGAACAUUUCUUUCACCCCGCGACGUCCGCUCUCCACGCCUCGGUAGCUCCCCCUCCGGUAACGGCGGACAGCGGGCAGGAGGACGGGGGUCCGGACCUAAUAAUGAGGCUGAAUAACCAGGACAGCUCCUCUCGCGGGGCAGGCGAGGGCGAACAAGACCUCUCCCCUUCGUUGUUGAGACGCAUGGACCCUUCGUCGAGCCAAGUCGCGACGCCGCCCCCGUCUACGCACUCCAGUUGGAGAACGGAGCGCGCCAGCGACAUCUCGCUGGAAGGGGGGCGAAGGAGCGCUUCUCCACGCAGGGGUAUCCGCGUUCCCCAGGAGAUGGCCAAUAUCGCAAUGCCUGAUCCGACGCGGCUGGCAAGAGACAACCUGGCCACGCCGUCCAUGCCAAACUGGGCGCAGCGGCUGAAACUCUUCAAAGCGAGCUUCAAACCCCUACUCUCCUCCCUCUGCCCUCGCCCUUACCCGCGCUUCGACAACGACUUCUUCGACGCUGUCUGGACGGACGAUUUCGUCAGACACGGGUACAUGCACGUCCUGGACGCCGAGGACCGCCUUCGAAUUAUGCUCUGGCUGGAGACUCAAGGAUUCAGCAGCCUCCGCGAAUUCCUGCGGAUGUGCUUGGUCUCAGGCAUUCAAUUCCACGUGGGGUACCGCACGGACGCCCCUCUCCCGAGCGACGCGAUAGAGCAAGCACCUCUCCCCGCGCACUACGAGGGCGAGUACCUACCUUUCCUCGACGGGGGGCGUGAAUUGUACGGCGCGUACAAGCAGAUGGUGCGCGACCUAUGCCAACGCGAACACGCCGCUUCCUUCAUCUUCCACGGCGGCAUGAUCUCCGCGAUAGCCGCGCACUACGGCGGGGACUUGAUCAAGGACAAGCUGGGACGAGGAGUCGACUUGGCCACGCGCGUACACAAGACACAUGGCGUUGAGCACCCGUACGAUCUCGGGCAGGAGAUAGCCAUCAAAGUCCCGUCGCCGAUCGAACUCAACAAGCUGGGCGGCUACGUUCUCGGUCGCGACCGAAGCAAGAUCUUCUGGCUCUUCCCGCCGCCGAAUCUGUGGGCGGACUUAUGGAGGGGCUCGGGCGAAUGGAAUUUGGAGGAGGAGGAAUACUUCCGCGACUUGGUGGACGAGCUGGAAAGCGGGAAGCGAGGAGCUCUGUCGGUGAAGCGCUGGAAGGAUCACCUCGAAGGUCUGGCUCACACCUUGGUGAAGAACCACCCGGACCGUGCGCGCGCAUCUCUGGGUACCGCGUCGGCUCGCAACUGGGUCCGUCUCUUCGAGCUGGUCUACGGUGUCCGCGACGAGACCUUCAAGCUCGACGGCCUGCUUCGCGACUUCAGCCCGAAGCAGAUCCCUCUGUUUCGUUAA